UUGCCUAUCGAACAGCUCGUAGAAACCAUAAAUUUUCUAAAUACGGUUAGUGGCGAACGGCGAUGGUGGUCGUUGGGGGUGUUUGGUCCUGCAUCUUCGUAAGCGGGUUGUACGGUGAACAUCUCAGGCUGUGAGAGAGAAAGAAAGAAGGAGAAAUGAAGAAGAAACAAUGUUCGACCCAUUUUUGUAUCUCCACAAAAUUUCUGCUUCAAUCUUCUUCUUCUUCUUCUUCUUCUUCUUCUUCUUCUUCUUCAUCCCAAAAUGACGGUAAUCGACAUCAUCUUCCGAGUUGAUUCCAUUUGCAAGAAAUAUGAAAAGUAUGAUGUCGAGAAACAGCGUGAGCUCAAUGCUUAUGGUGACGAUGCCUUCGCUCGCCUCUUCGCAGCCGUCGAACUCGAAAUCCAAGCCGCUCUCCAGAAAUCUGAGGUUGCCUUAUCUGAGAAGAAUAGGGCUGCUGCAGUUGCGAUGAACGCUGAGGUUCGACGGAAGAAGGCUCGAUUGAUGGAUGAAGUCCCUAAGCUUCGUAAAUUGGCUCACAAGAAGGUUAAAGGGGUUCCAAAAGAAGAGCUCGAGGUCAGAGAUGAUCUUGUUCUUGCGCUUGAAGAGAAGAUUAAAGCCAUACCAGAUGGGAGUACCACAGGAGCCAAACAAUCUGGAGGAUGGGGGCCCUCCUCCUCAUCUAACAAUAUCAAGUUUGAUUCAUCAGAUGGAAACUUUGAGAGCGAGUAUUUCCAGCAAAAUGAAGAAUCAAGCCAAUUUCGAAAUGAGUAUGAAAUGCGGAAGAUGAAACAGGACCAAGGUCUCGAUGUCAUAUCUGAAGGUUUGGAUAUGCUGAAAAAUCUUGCCCAUGAUAUGAACGAGGAAUUGGACAGGCAAGUUCCAUUAAUUGACGAGAUCGACGCAAAGGUAGACAAGGUGACUAAUGAGAUGAAAAAUACCAAUGUUAGGCUGAAGGAAACGCUCUAUGAGGUGAGAACCAGCCAAAACUUCUGCAUUGAUAUUAUUCUUCUCUGUAUAAUUCUUGGCAUUGCUUCUUACUUGUACAAUAUAUUGAGCUGAAUUGGUUUAAGAGCUAUUGUUUCAUUGGUUGAAUUAUGGGAUGAUCCUGAGCUACGAGGUAAAUGUGGAGGAUCAUUAAUCAAUACUCUGCACUUCGAUGAUCUUUUCAGCUUUGUGAAGAAUUUAUUCAUUUCAUUUCUGGGUUUACUGUAAAAUAUAUCCAACUUUUCAUUAAGCUUAUUAACUUGUGUAAUUGGUGGAGUUAAAUAUAAAGAUAAUGGUUUUUUGUUCUUAUUUUCUGCUUUUGAGCAAAUAGAUUUGGAACAAUAUUAGUUCCCUGAAAUACUUGGAUCAAAGUCCGUGUAACGCUUGAU